AUGAGCAUGCCUUAUCAGUAAACCGGGAAUCAAAUAGAUUAUUAGGAAAUAAAAUAAACCAAGGCCGAUUUAAAGGCCGAAGUGCACUUUAUAGGAUAGAUUGUCGGUGGGCUUGAUUUUCAAACGGAUGAUGGACUAUUUUGUGAAUUAGCCAUAGAUUGUGGGGAUGGAUGGGAUUUACUACAGCCAGGAAACAAUAAAGGAAUUCAAACUCAAACUAGUUAUGCAAAUCCAGGACAACUUUUUUCUUGGGGUCAUCCAUUUGAUUUGCACUUUUCAGUUUCAAACUUGAUUGGAUGGCCUAAAGCUUUAUUAAAAGUUUGGAGAUUGGACUCAUCAAAUAAAAUUGAUGCUUGUAGUUAUGGUACAGCAAUAUUUCCAAGAAGCGCUGGUUAUCAUUAAGUUACAUGUGAAACAUGGACACCAACUGGAGAGAACUUAGAUCUUGAGAUAAGAAAACCUAAUGAAGAUUUGGCUACUAAUACAGAUUAAUUUUCAAAAUUUGAUAGAUCUUUGGAUUGGAGAUUUUAAGCUUUAUCAUUUUACAUGGAAAACCCUCCUAGAUUAACAACAUUGGCGCCAUUAACAACCGACAAGGGGGAUUUUGCAAGGAGAAAGAUUUUGAAUAGCAUUUCAAAUGGAAAAGUCAUUAUGGAAGUCGAAGUAGUAAUGAAGAAUUUUAAAAGACUUAGCUUUUCAGGAUAAUGA